CUCGGAAUGGGUGCUCGCGAGUCUAGGGCGCAACAUGAAAAUGAUGGACCUGGCGUGGAGGACUACUACACUCUACUCGAAGUGGAGGAGGACGCCACAGCGGAUGAGAUUAAGCGUUCUUUCCGUCGUCUUGCACUCAAGCACCACCCGGAUAAGAACAUCGAUGAUCAUGAGAACGCCACACAACGUUUCGCAGCGCUGCAGCAGGCGUAUGAAGUCCUGAGUGAUGACCAGGAAAGGGCCUGGUACGAUUCGCAUCGAGCAUCGAUGGUUCCGGAGCCUGACGAAGAGACUGUGUUCGAAGAUGUCAAGAGGGGCGCGCCUCCCUCGAAGGCUCGAGAGCGUGGAAUGACUGUCCGCCAACUUGCCAUGUUCUUUAAUCCGACCAUCUGGUCUGCUUUUGAUGACUCCGAAAAUGGUUUCUUCACAAUAUAUAGGAAUCUUUUUGUCCGACUCGCACAAGAGGAAAAGGCUUUUGCGUCCAACACGGAGUUGCCGCUAUUCGGUGACUCAACCUGGACCUGGACCGCGCCUUCGAAGGACCGGCAUGCUGAGGCUGCGAGACACUUCUACAACAACUGGUUGAACUUCGCCACCGAGAAGGAUUUUGCCUGGAUGGACCAAUGGAAUUUGACGGAGGCGCCGGAUCGCAGGGUUAGAAGAUUGAUGGAGAGGGACAACAAUAAGGCACGAGCAGAAGCAAAGAAAGAAUAUAAUGAGAUCAUCAGGGAACUAGUUCAAUUUAUCCGGAAACGUGAUCCUCGGUACAAAGCACACCUCGCUUCCCAGCAGGCUUCUAACUCCGGCACUUCAACACCCAAACGUGCACCUCGUCCCAAUGCCAACCUCAGUACUGGGCCCACAGCGGUAUUUGUCGAACAGGAAUGGCAAAGGGCGCACGUCGAUGCCGCGGACCUAGAGUGGGCUCGAGCCGAAGGCGCAGGGGAGGAAGAAUGGGAAUGCGUGGCGUGUGGCAAGUCGUUCAGGAGUGAGGCAGCUUGGGAUAGCCACGAGCGGAGUAAAAAGCAUUUGAAAGCUGUGGAAGCGUUAAAGAAGGAGAUGGAGAUGGAGCAAGAUGAGCUCGGACUGGAAGGCGUAGACGACGAAAUGGAGGAGGGAGACGAAGAUGAAGACGACAGCGAAGGAUCUGGUUACGAGGAUGCUCCGGAUGUCGGAGGGGAUAAUGAGAUAGCCGAAUCACAACCCUCUCCACCUCGCAGUCCUACUCCUGAGGAUGUCGAAGUGCGCAUAUCAUCCACACACGAUGUUGCAUCUGACGACUCGUCCUCGAAUACCCAGGCGAAGUCGAAAAAGUCGAAACCAAGGGAUCAAGCCCCCGUACGGCCAGUAACCCCGCCCUUUGUGCCGUCGAAAUCCAAGUCAAAGCGGCGGCGACGCGGUCCCUCUCCGGAGCCUUUCGAUGAGGACGUGACGCAGAGCUCACUCAACAAUACGCGCAAGGUCGGUAGUAAGUCUAGAGGCAAAAUGCAUGAUGAUCCUUCCCAGGGGGUUGGCUCAUGGACAACUGAGCAAGUUGACCCUUCUGCGCCAUCGAAAACACUACAGUCACCGGAGGACGAGGAGCCCGGGGAAAACGAUGCUCCAUCAGAGACAGAAGCUGGUGCCCCGCACAAUGGUGUGGGUGUAGAGAUGUCUAAGAAGGAGAAGCGUAGAGCACGAGAGGCCAAGAAGAAGGCACGCGAGGUUGGCGAAGGCAAUACUACGGCCUUGGUGAGUGUGAUUUUCUUUUCCAGAAGUCGGUACGGACGGAAAUUCCGGAUGACUUCCUUGUGGCAUCGUCAUACAUGCUUAUUGCUUGAGGCCGGUUCAUUUCCGCGAAGUUAGAUGAGUUCCACUGAGCCAUUUUCGAUGGCUCUUUAUCUACCUAUCCUUUGCUUGACCUACUCAAUUAUCAGUGCGCUGAUCAUUUGUCUCUCUUUCUCCGUCUUGCAUCACUUCUUCAUUCGAACUAACGAUAUACUUCUACAGCAGCACUGCAACGUCUGCUCAGAGACAUUUGAUAGUAGAACGAGGCUGUUUGCCCAUAUCAACAGUACGGGCCACGCCGCGGCCGGCACGCAUGGAUCGUCAAAUCAAUCCGGGAAAAAGAGCAAAAAGGGAAGAAAGUAGAUGGUCUUGUCAAUUGUCUGCCGACUAGAACUUCAGAUCCAACAUUCUUCGAUCAUGUACUUCCCCUUCCAUUCGAUAUCCGUAGCACUCCCAACGCUUGUUCCAAUCUCUUG